AUGGCUGACCUCUAUUUUGCAACUGAGAGGUUGGAUUGGGGCCUUGUCUUCGGAAGCGGAGCUCUUUGGGUAGUUUUUGGAUCCUUCCUCUCUGCUAGUGAACGUAACGGCUCUUACCUCUUUGCCGGGCGCUUUAUUACUGGCAUUGGCGCUGGUACACUGAGUGCGGUUGGGCCGCUUUACAAUGCAGAACUUGCUCCUCCUGAGAUGCGGGGACUAUUGGUCGCCCUGCAGCAGCUAUCAACUACCAUCGGCAUCAUGAUCGCUUACUGGAUUGGCUAUGGAACAAACUACAUUGGUGGCACUGGAGGUAAUCAGUCUGACUGGGCGUGGCGUACCCCCUCGAUUAUUCAGGGAAUCCCUGCCAUAAUCCUAGUCCUGGGUGCUCCUUUCUUCCCCCCUCUCUCUCCUCGGAUGUUGGUUAGGAAAGGCCGCGAAGAGGAGGCGCUGAAAACACUUACCUCGCUACGUGGUCUCCCAGAGGAUGAAAUAAUUCUUCGUUGCGAGUUCUUGGAAAUCAAGUCGGAAGUGCUUUUCGAACAGCGAGUAUUCGCGAGAAAGUUUUCUAACCUUGCAGAGUCCGGUCAAAGCGUGUGGCGACACGAGCUUGCGCAAUAUACUAGGAACUUCCGCACCAAAGACAACUUUAAGCGUGUGGCAAUUGCCGGCCUCAUCAUGUUCUUCCAGCAAUGGAGUGGAGUUGACUCCAUCAUCUACUACGCGUCAUCAAUAUUUCAAAGCCUUGGAUUGACUUCUGGUACUGUUUCUCUUCUUGCUACAGGGGUCGUCGGCAUAAUCAACGUCCUGGCGACGAUACCUGCCAUUAUGAUAAUAGAUAAGGUUGGACGGAAGCCGAUCCUGCUGACUGGAUCUUUUGGCAUGUUCUGCUCCAUGAUCAUUGUUGCCGUCAUUGUUGCCAAGUGUCAGCAUGACUGGGAACAACGUGCUGCUGCUGGAUGGGCUGCAGUGGCCUUUAUCUGGAUAUAUAUUGCCAACUUCGGUUACUCAUGGGGCCCUGCCAGCUGGGUUUUAAUCGCCGAGAUAUCUCCCCUUUCAAUUCGUGCCAAAGGAACUUCGAUUGGUGCCUCUUCUAACUGGAUGAACAAUUUUAUUAUUGCUCUUAUUUUUUUCGUUCCUGAGACCAAGAAUAAAACGCUUGAGGAAAUGGAUUUGGUUUUCGGCAGUGUUAUGGCCGCCGACGACCGGGAUAUGUUUACGGCAGCAAAGGAGGAGGUUGGGCUGGCACUUGUUCUAAAUGAAGGCGGGCAUAAAGGACUUUCUGUAUACAACUAUGAGAAGGAUGUUUUAACUGGGCACUUGGAAACUGCCUGCUAA